CCCACAAAGACAAUAGCAGCAAUGAAAUACUUUGUGAUCUGUGCCUUAGCUGCUCUCGUCCUCCUCCAGGCUUCAUCGGCAUUUAAGUUUAAUCGCGUUAUCUAUGUCGUGCCAGCACCCGCUACCACUGCCGCCACCACGGUUGCGCCAUCAAGUAGCCCCACAACCGCCGCCACCACUACAGCAGCUCCUGCCGUCGUUCAGGUAGUCUACUGCUCCUGGAAGAACAACUGGUGUCGCACCAACUCGAAUACCGUAAGGAAUUGCAAGUGGGGCCUCUGCAAGUUCAACGGAUAAAAGACAAUAAAAAAACGUUACCCAUUUUUUAGCACAAAUCUCUUGGUUUUUAUUUGAAAGUCUGGCUUGGUCAAAAAAGAGACUUACUGGAACGGUUUCAUUCUUAACUUGAUACUGGGAAAACCACACGGAUCUGACCCGCUGCUUUAUAAGGCUCUUACGAAAGCGUUAGCAAAAAUAAUAGUCCAUACUAAUCUUAGUGGCUAACUAAAUUCGAUUCAUGCAAAUCAUCACCUAAUCGGGUUAAAGCUUAAUGGGUUAGCGCUAGGAUACAAAGUAGAGGCUUGGUUUGGAUUAGUUGUAUGAAUAUUAGUCAGUUGAUGAGGGUGAAAC